AUGUCGGCAAACUGUGUUAACCAUUCUCGCAGUUUGCUAAAUAAAAUAAGUGUGUUCGGGCGGUAUCAAUGGAGCCGUUCUUCAGGGACUUCAGCGCUCAGAGACAAUAUAUCACAAAUGUGGAGCUGUCGCAGUCUGAUGACUAAAUCAAUGUGCUUUACCGGAAAUCAGCUAUGUUUAUGCGGGAGGACAGUGCUUCAUGAAUCGUCUGCAGGUCCAGCAAUUUCCAAUGGAUAUUUGGAACAGAGACGCUACAGGAAACAACCAGUUGUUUACACAAAGGAACUUAAUUUCGAUUAUUCUGGUGACCUAAAGAAGGUACCUGCAGUGGAUCCUAAAGAAUAUCUUUAUAAGUACAGAAAUGUUCCUCAGGUGGAAAAUGUACCUGAGGCUGUGAAGAAGCUGCUUAGUCUGGAGUUUGCUGACAAGGAUGCAAGGAAGAAACAUAGGAAGUAUGAUAUUAUCAGACACAUUGAUACCCACCUAGAUGGAGAUGUUGACAAAGAAAAAAUAAUUGCCAGAUGGACGCUGGAAAUCCGAAACCAGAUAAAGCACUGCACUGUGUAUUGUGGGGAUAAAAAAGGCAAGGUGAAUUUGAUUGAGAAAAUAGCAGCCAGGAAAAAACAACUGAAGUUUCUGCGGAGGUUAGAUUUCGAACGUUUCCACUGGUUACUCAAUGAGCUGAAGAUACGGUAUACUCCCUUCCCUCUUUACUCUGUGCGCAUUACAAAGCGUUACAAACGGAAGCAAGAAGUCAGAAAGCAGGCCCGAGAAUUAUGGAACAGCAAAAUGGAAGCAUUUAGGAAAUCCGUGGAAGCAGAGAAAGCAGAGUUUUACGAGAAGAAAGAGAAGAUACUUGAAGAAAUGCGAAAGGACAUGCGAGAGCUUAAAAUUGACGAACACAAAGUGUUCAGUGACUUUCAGAAGAGCCUUGAACCUCCAAAACACGUGCCAGUGAAUAAAAACUACCAAAGAAUUCUGAGAAACUAUGAUGAGGCUGUGGCCUCUGGAAAGUUAGUUCCGAAAAAAACAAUGUCACCAAUUCGUUGAGAUAAUGACAUCAUUUAAAAGAAGCUGUACAGUACGGAAUUCCAUGUUUGUAAUGCUUUUAAGAAGGACAAAGAAUCGUACCGUUUUAUAAUCAUAGUGAACUGUAUUGUCUGAAGUCUGAUGCAUGGUCUUGAGCGUGCUGAUUAAAGGUGCUUGUGUAGAAAACAUACAUAAUGGUCUACUUUUGGUUUAACUUAAAAAGG